GCCGUCUGUUUACCUUGAGGCUGGACGCUGGGCAGGGCCGCGGUGGGCCGUCCCCCGGGCCGGCCGCGCCGCCGGGAUAAAUAGGCCGCUCGGCCCUCGUGGGCGGCAGAGAGCGAGCCGCCGUCCAGCUCCCCGCCGCCGUCAUGGUUCUCGCCGCCGCCCGCGUUCUCUUGCUCACGCUGGCUGCCCUCGGCGCAUCAGGCCAGGGGCAGAUGCCGCUGGGUGGGGACCUGGGCCCGCAGAUGCUACGCGAACUCCAGGAGACCAACGCGGCCCUGCAGGACGUACGGGACCUACUGCGGCAGCAGGUCAAGGAGAUUACAUUCCUGAAAAACACGGUGAUGGAGUGUGACGCGUGCGGGAUGCAACCCGCGCGAACCCCCAGACUGACUGUACGGCCGCUAAGCCAGUGUUCGCCCGGCUUCUGCUUCCCCGGAGUGGCUUGUACCGAGACAGCCAGCGGCGCGCGCUGCGGACCCUGCCCCGAAGGUUUCACGGGCAACGGCUCGCACUGCGCCGACGUCAACGAGUGCACUGCCCAUCCUUGCUUCCCUCGCGUUCGCUGCAUUAAUACCAGUCCGGGCUUCCGCUGCGAGGCUUGCCCACCUGGGUUCAGCGGCCCCACCCACGAGGGCGUGGGGCUGGCCUUCGCCAAGGCCAACAAGCAGGUUUGUACGGACAUUAACGAGUGUGAGACCGGGCAGCAUAACUGCGUCCCCAACUCUGUCUGCGUCAAUACCGUGGGCUCCUUCCAGUGCGGCCCGUGCCAGCCCGGCUUCGUGGGCGACCAGGCAUCAGGCUGCCGUCGGCGGCCACAGCGCUUCUGCCCUGACGGCACGCCCAGCCCGUGCCACGAGAAGGCCGACUGCGUCCUGGAGCGUGAUGGGUCGCGAUCUUGCGUGUGCGGCGUCGGCUGGGCUGGCAAUGGGCUCCUCUGCGGCCGCGACACAGACUUGGACGGCUUUCCGGACGAGAAGCUACGCUGCUCUGAGCGCCAGUGCAGAAAGGACAACUGCGUGACGGUGCCCAACUCAGGGCAGGAGGAUGUGGACCGGGACGGCAUCGGAGACGCCUGCGACCCGGACGCCGACGGGGACGACGUCCUCAAUGAGAAGGACAACUGCCCGCUCGUGCGGAACCCAGACCAGCGAAAUACGGAUGGCGACAAGUGGGGCGAUGCGUGCGACAACUGUCGGUCCCAGAAGAACGACGACCAGAAGGACACAGAUAAGGACGGCCGAGGCGACGCCUGCGACGACGACAUAGACGGCGACCGGAUCCGCAAUCCGGUGGACAACUGCCCCAAGGUGCCCAACUCAGAUCAGAAAGACACUGAUGGUGAUGGUGUAGGAGAUGCCUGUGACAACUGUCCUCAGAAGAGCAACGCAGACCAGAGGGAUGUGGACCACGACUUCGUGGGAGAUGCUUGUGACAGCGACCAAGACCAGGAUGGGGAUGGGCACCAGGACUCGAAGGACAACUGCCCCACAGUGCCCAACAGUGCCCAGCAGGACUCAGACCACGAUGGCCAGGGUGACGCCUGCGACGACGAUGAUGACAAUGACGGGGUCCCCGACAGUAGGGACAACUGCCGUCUAGUGCCCAACCCGGGCCAGGAAGACAAGGACGGCGACGGCGUGGGCGACGCGUGCCAGGGCGACUUUGAUGCGGACAAGGUGGUAGACAAGAUCGAUGUGUGUCCGGAGAACGCUGAGGUCACCCUCACCGACUUCCGGGCCUUCCAGACGGUCGUGCUGGACCCUGAGGGCGACGCGCAGAUAGACCCUAAUUGGGUGGUGCUCAACCAGGGUAUGGAGAUCGUGCAGACGAUGAACAGCGACCCAGGCCUGGCUGUGGGUUACACGGCCUUCAAUGGCGUGGAUUUCGAAGGCACGUUCCACGUGAACACUGCCACGGAUGACGACUACGCUGGUUUCAUCUUUGGCUACCAGGACAGCUCCAGCUUCUACGUGGUCAUGUGGAAGCAGAUGGAGCAGACGUACUGGCAGGCGAACCCCUUCCGUGCGGUGGCAGAGCCCGGCAUCCAGCUCAAGGCCGUGAAGUCCUCCACAGGCCCUGGGGAGCAGCUUCGGAACGCACUGUGGCACACAGGGGACACAGCGUCACAGGUGCGGCUGCUGUGGAAGGAUCCCCGGAACGUGGGCUGGAAGGACAAGACAUCCUACCGCUGGUUCCUGCAGCACCGGCCCCAAGUGGGCUAUAUUAGAGUGCGAUUCUACGAGGGCCCAGAGCUGGUGGCAGACAGCAACGUGGUCCUGGAUACGACCAUGCGGGGCGGUCGUCUGGGGGUCUUCUGCUUCUCCCAGGAGAACAUCAUCUGGGCCAACCUGCGCUACCGCUGCAACGACACCAUCCCCGAGGACUACGAGGCCCAGAGGCUGCUGCAGGCCUAGGGAUGGGGUUGGGGACCUGCCACUGGGUGACAGCCACCCGCGCGGCUGCCCUCACCGUAGGAAGUCAUCAGCACCAGGCCCCAGGAGGCAGUCGG